AUGUGGAAUGCUGAUCAUGUACUCCAAGAUGACUUGGGGCACGAGAGAACAAAGCGAAUGCCCAUAAUUUGUCAUCCACAAACGGCAUGCGCAGGGCCCGGUAUGGUGCUACGUACAAGUGGCUACCACCAAUGUGAACCCGCAUCUAUCGUACAGGCAGUGAAGCCACAAAAAGUGGCGGCUUCAGAACUACUGAUGGAGUACGAAAUAAACCAGAACCAAGAUGAAAUGUGUGAAGACGUGUCAUAA